AUGGAUUUUCCCAACUUGGAAAUGGGAAUAAUCUUUAUCACUCAGAUUCAAGUUGGGAUCUUGGGAAACACCACUCUCCUUUUUCUUUAUAACAUCAGUUUGCCCAAAAGACACAAACUCAGACCCACAGACCAGAUUCUCAGCCAUCUGGUCUUGGCUAACUUCUUGGUGAUUUUCUCCAAAGGGAUCCCACAGACAGUGGCAGCUUUGGGAUGGACAUAUUUCCUGGAUGAUUUUGGAUGCAAACUUGUCUUCUAUUUUCACCGAGUGGGAAGGGGGGUUUCCCUCAGUACUACCUGCCUCCUCAGUGGUUUCCAGGCCAUUAAGCUUUGUCCCAAUUUCUCCAGGUGGUUGCACCUCAGAAUUAGAUCCUCAAAGAGCAUAUGCUUCUGUUGUUUCCUCUCCUGGAUAUUUAAUUUCUUGGUAAAUGCCUUUAUACCUACGAAAAUUUCUGGCCCCUUGAGCGGCAAAAAUAUCAGUCUGGAAAAAAGAAAUUAUGGCUACUGUUCUGUGACUAUGGACCAAAAGUGUACAUACUCAAUAUAUGCUCUACUUUAUUUUUCCAUUGACUUUAUAUACUUUGGCCUCAUGGUCUGGGCAAGCAGCUCCAUGAUGUUUGUCCUGCACAGGUACAAGCAGAGAGUCCAACAGAUUCAUACCAACAGCCUUUCCCCCAGACCUUCCCAGGAGGUCAGAGCCACACAUACCAUCCUGUUCCUGAUGAGCAGCUUUCUCUUCUGUUACUUACUAUCUUCCAUUUUGACUCUCUGUGUUUCCCUAAUUGGGAAUCCAAGUCACUGGCUGUUGGACACCUCUGUGCUCACCGCUGCUUGUUUCCCAACAGUUAGCCCCUUUGUGCUCAUCAUCCGUGACAGGCGAAUCUCUCAAUUCUGUUUUGCCUGCUGGGCCAGAAAACCAAUUUUUUUUAGUCUGUUAAAGCUGUUAUAA